AUGUCAACCAGCAUAUACUUUGGCAAUUCGCACACUGAAAACACUGGAACGCAAGGGGGUGACCGUCCUAAAACACCACCGGAGCCUUUCUCUAAUGUCCCAUUCGACCGGGAUCCAGAUUUUGUCGGGAGAGAAGCCUUGCUCGAGAAGAUCAACCAGAAAUGUUCAAAGCCAAGCUCGAAGCUAGCCGUGGUCGGAUUUGGGGGUGUUGGAAAAUCCAAGAUGGUAGUCGAAUAUUGCUAUCGCGUUCGGGAGAAGGCGCCGGAUACCUUUGUCUUUUGGUGCCACGCAAGUAACGUGGUGCGGUUCGAGCAAAGCUAUCACCAGAUCGCCGAAAGAUGCAAGAUAACGAGAAAUCAAGGCUCUAGUGCCGACCUCAUGAGGCCAGUGUUAAAUUGGCUUCAAGAUCCAAAGCACAAAUGGGUGCUGGUUCUUGAUAACGUCGACGACGAUUCCUUUCUCCAUGAACGUCGAUACUCUGACAACGGUCCCGGAAGUUCUAUGCUCCCCGUCCGCGCAUUCAUACCGACAAAUACCAGCGGCUCUAUCAUUAUGACAACUAGAAGGAAAGCGGUCGCCGAGAGAUUCGUCAAUGAUAAAUUUCAUAUUCAGGUUCAGCCAAUGAACAAUGCGGAUGCCCAAAUGCCACUUGAGGCAAAACUGGGUGGAAACCUCGGCACAGAGGACAAAGAAGCUGCAACAAAGCUUCUAGAACUACUCGACCUCAUACCACUUGCCAUCAUACAAGCAGCAGCAUACAUCAAGCAACGGUCGCCACUGUUCUCAAUCCAGAAAUAUAUCGAGGAGUUCGAAAGGAACGAUAGUUUAAGGUUCAAGCUGCUCGCACAUGAAGCAAACAACUACGAUCGAGACUGGGAGGCAAGCAACUCUGUCUUGAUUACAUGGCAGCUAUCCUUUAACCAAAUUAAAGAAACUCGAAUGUCUGCUGCGAAUCUUCUGGCUCUCAUGAGCUUUUUUGAUAGACAUGCGAUCCCAGAGCGGUUGCUUCGUAUUCCUGACGAGCCCCGCCAUUCGAAAGCAACCAAGUGGCUAACUGGUCUCAAAGGGGCUGUGGGACGAGCUAUGGACGCCGAUGCAAAAAUCAGUUUUCCACGAAUCCCCAACAAGACAGCCUUGAAGCUGAAAGGGAUUCUUUUAUGGAAGAUAUUCUGUGAAGCUGAGGAUCUCUCCAAAGAAGGCUUGACAGCCAGUGAGAAGCUCCACGGUCAAGACCACCCGGUCACAAUCACCAUACUUAGCAACAUGGUCCAUGUCUAUGUUUUGCAAGGUAGAUUGGAGGAAGCAGAGGCGAUAGGCGCAAGGGCGGUCGAGGUUCGCAAAAAGACGCUCGGCCUCAAGGAUCAGCUUUCUCUCACGAGCACGGGCAACUUGAUUUUUGUUUAUCAUUUGAGGGGGAAAUGGAAAAAAAGCGAAGAGUUGGGGGAAGAGCUCCUUGCGACAAGGACCAGGAUACUCGGCCCCAACCACCCCGAUACAGUUGCCUCCAAAUCGAACUUGGCCCUUAGUUACCAUUCUCUGGGUCGUUUUUCAGAUGCAGAAAGGCUAGCCGAAGAGGCUCUCAAUUAUUGGAGAGAGGUCGCUCCUCUACAAAAUCUCUAUCACAUCCAAGCGAUGAUGAAUCUUGCGACCGCGUAUGGCAGUAGAGGCCGGUUAUCCGAGUCGGAAGCAAUGUUGAAAGAUGGGCUCAUUAUUUGCGAAAAGUAUUCAGCAUUAGGGCCGAGACAUCCUACAACUCUUAAUUUUAUGCAUAAUCUGGCAUGGGUACUACAUCUCUUGAGGCACUCAGAAGAGAGCAUGAACCUGCAAGAGAAGGUCGUCCGUAUCAGAAAGGAGGAUCUGAGGCCAGCGCAUCCCGAUACGUUGAAAUCUAUGAGCAACUUAGCCGUUUUCUAUGGCGAAGGAGGCCAACUUGCAGAGGGCGAGACUCUGGCUUAUCAAGUUUUAGAAGCCCAAAGGAGGACACUUGGAGAAAGCCAUCCGGCUACUCCGCGGAGCUUGCAGAACAUAGCUUGCAUGCAAAUGGAACAGGGGAAAAAGUCCGAUGCAAUUGAAAAUUUGGCCGAGUGCAUUGACAUUCGGAAUCGAAUCUUGCCCAAAGAUCAUUGGCAGUCCCAGCUUGGAAGAGAACUUCUCAAGAGUUGGCUUACCGAAAGCUAA